GCGGAAUGCUCAUGAACAAACUAAGAAGCGGAAUCUAAAGCUAAGUAGCGAAAAAAUACAUGAGCUUGAUAUAAAUCUAGCAACUACACUAAAGGCCCUUGAAGAGAAGGAAAACGAGCUCAUUAGAAUCAGACAGAUAUCAACUGCCUUUGAAGAACAAACAACAAAAGAGGUAGAAAAGCAUCACGAGAGGACCGUCGAUAAAUCAAAUGAGCUUCAAAGGAAAUUAGCUUGUGAACAGAAAGCUAAAAAGGAAACAGAGAAACGACUUGAAAUCUGCCAAGAAAAAUCAAAAGAGCUCGAAACAACGCUUGCCGCGACGCAAAAACUUGUAAAAAAGAAACAAGAACCUGAAAAUGAGUGCGAGUGGACUUUGAAUCGAGAAGAGAUUCAGAUUACUGAAGAAAAACUCGGAAGCGGAACGUUUGGAACUGUGUACAAAGGAAUGUUUCGUGGCACACAAGUUGCUGUAAAACAAGUCUCAGUAAAGCCAAAGAUUACAGAGUACAACAUAGGAAAGUUUAGAAGGGAAAUGAAAAUGGCUUCCAGAUGUCGYCAUCCUUGCAUGUUACUAUUCAUUGGUGCAACAAGCGAUGAYCAAAGUCCAUUAUUGUUGACUGAACUGUUGGACAMCAGUUUAAAAAUGGUCUUACUUGAGCGUGCAUUAGAUCUGUUUGAGAUUAUAACUAUUGCACGGGAUGUUGCUAAAGGGUUAAACUAYUUACAUCUCACCCGUCCACAUCCUAUCGUUCACCGUGACAUCAGCAGYGGUAACGUGUUGCUAUGGAAACAUGGUCAGUCAUGGCGAGGGAAGAUUUCAGACUAUGGGAAUGCUGUACUGAUGAACUAUGCCAAGACAGGAAGUGGUGGUGCUAUUUCGUACUUGGCGCCUGAAAUGAGCAACAAAAGAUUUUCACCAAAGAGUGAUGUGUACAGCUUUGGUGUUCUUCAGCUGGAAAUGUGCCUCAGAAAAGAGCCAUCAUGUCUUGAUGAUAGAGAUGAGCUUAUUUGCUUGGUAGAGGAUGGAGAACUGAGGACACUGAUACGACGUUGUCUUCAACAGGACCCCACACAACGCCCAUCCAUGGAUGAAGUCUUAGCCGCACUAACUACCGCCUCAAGCUCCCUCAAUGAAUUGACAGGCACCAAUUGAGAAAUUACUGUACAACAUUUCCUUGCCACUGUUUUCAUUGCUACGCGCUGAUUGAGACAAAUGUCGGUGCAGUUUGCAUUACACCUACACUGUGCAAACUCCAAUGUCCAUAUAUGGGGGGCUGCUAAAUUCCUACUUGGCACGCUAAUUAUGUAUGCAGUGAGAAUAGGUUCAAGUUAAUUUUGGGCCCUGGCUAAACGAGGAAACAUGCUGUUCGUCAGAAACAACUCAUGCUUCCAGACGCAUGGAAACAAUGUUUUCCGACAGUUCCUCAUUUAGCCACGAAAAUCAAUAUUCUAAACGUUCGUAACUUAGCUGAACGUUCGCUAUUUUAGCAUUUAUCUAGAAAAUAAAGGAAUUAUAAAUUCCGAUUUUUUUCAAUAAAUCUUUUGGUCAUUAAUUACAUACAUAUAUAUUAUUAUUAUUAUUAUUGAAAGUGCGCAUCGAUAACUGAUGUUGAGUAAACGUGUUUCCCGAUGUUUCCUGACAGGUUUGUCAUCUUUGGAAUCAUUUAAGGAAACAUGUUUUCUCGCGUUUAGUCAGGGCCUGUCGACCAAGUGACAAAGGGCUACAAUGAAACGCCUUGACAUUAUGGUUGAUUUUCUCUUGUAUUUUCAACAGCAUUUUUAUUUUUAGAAGAAUUAUAUAUAUCAAUGUUUUUUUCAAUUUACUCGUAUGUGAUAAACUUACCAUCAUCAAUCAUCAUUAGGGUUUGUUUACGAACGUGUAAGGGGUCUUACUAGAUGAAACCAAAUAUUGGAUGGAAAUAAACGUUUCUUUUCUGGCCCACUGAACAUUUCCAUAACUUCUGGUUUUGCCUGUCAACCAGCAGAAGUUUAGAAUCGUAGUAUAGUCGAACUGUUAAUUUGAACGUCAAUGAAGGCCCAAUGUUAUUUCCUUGUUCCUGUUAUGUAAAACACCUCUCGGGUAAAUGUGACUAUUCUCACUGAAUAAAUUAGCACGGAGCAGUAUAAAUUAA